AUGCCCGUUGGGGUAGAUGAAACUGGAAUAAGUACAGUUCACAAACCAAGGAAACUUUUAGCUCUGAAAGGUAAAAACCAAGUCGGAGGUAUUACAAGUGGUGAAAGGGGUGUGAAUACCACUGCCAUAUGUUGUAUGAAUGCUGUUGGAUUUUUUAUACCUCCAAUGCUUUUAUUUAAACGUAAAAGAUUUAAAAAUGAGCUUAAAGAUGGUGCACCACCAUUGACAGUUUUUGGAUGUUCUGAUACUGGUUGGAUAACUAAAGAUUUAUUUACUUUGUGGAUAAGUCAUUUUAUAAGCUCACUUUGUCUUAAACCUCUUGCAGAAAAUCCAGAACAAAAAAAAGUUCUUCUUAUACUUGACGGGCAUUCAACACAUACAAAAAACCUUGAAGCCUUAGUUCUAGCUCGAGAUCACAUAGUAGUAAUGCUUUCUUUGCCAUUGCAUACUACUCAUAGGCUACAACCUUUAGAUAGAUCUUUUUUCAAAGUUUUGAAUUCUAAAUAUAAUACUGCUUGUGAUAAAUGGAUGCGAACCCAUCCAGGCAGAUGUAUUACUCAAUAUCAAGUAUCUCAACUGUUUGGCGAAGCUUACUCAAAAGUUGUUCGUAUGGAAAUUGCUAUUAAUGGAUUUAGAGACACUGGGAUAUGGCCAGUAGACAGCUUAGUUUUCCGGGAAGAGGACUUUGUACCUUGUGAAAUACUCAGUGGAGAGACGAGUUUAAAUGCAAAAGCUUCCCAAACAGUAAGUUUAGUCAUAGUUUGCCUUUAG